AUGGAGUCGGUAAAACAAAGGAUUUUGACCCCAGGGAAAGAGGGACUAAAGAAUUUUGCUGGAAAAUCCCUCGGCCAGAUCUACAGGGUGCUGGAGAAGAAGCAGGAGACCGGGGAGACCAUCGAGCUGACAGAGGAUGGGAAGCCCCUCGAGGUGCCUGAGAAGAAGGCGCCGCUGUGCGACUGCAGGUGCUUCGGGCUGCCCCGUCGCUACAUCAUCGCCAUCAUGAGCGGCCUGGGCUUCUGCAUCUCCUUCGGCAUCCGCUGCAACCUGGGCGUGGCCAUCGUGGACAUGGUCAACAACAGCACCAUCCACCGCGGGGGCAAGGUCAUCAAGGAGAAAGCCAAAUUCAACUGGGACCCGGAAACCGUGGGGAUGAUCCACGGUUCUUUCUUUUGGGGCUACAUCAUCACCCAGAUUCCGGGCGGCUACAUCGCUUCUCGGCUGGCCGCCAACAGGGUUUUUGGAGCUGCCAUACUUCUUACCUCUACCCUGAACAUGCUAAUCCCAUCAGCAGCCAGAGUGCAUUAUGGGUGUGUCAUCUUUGUUAGGAUACUGCAGGGACUUGUUGAGGGCGUCACCUACCCAGCAUGUCAUGGGAUAUGGAGCAAAUGGGCCCCUCCUCUAGAGAGGAGUAGACUGGCAACCACCUCCUUUUGUGGUUCCUAUGCUGGAGCUGUGAUUGCAAUGCCUUUAGCUGGCAUUCUUGUACAGUAUACUGGCUGGUCUUCAGUAUUCUAUGUCUAUGGAAGCUUUGGAAUGAUCUGGUACAUGUUUUGGCUUCUGGUGUCUUAUGAGAGUCCUGCAAAGCAUCCUACUAUUACAGAUGAAGAACGUAGGUACAUAGAAGAAAGCAUUGGAGAGAGUGCAAAUCUUUUAGGUGCAAUGGAAAAAUUCAGGACUCCAUGGAGGAAAUUUUUUACAUCUAUGCCAGUCUAUGCAAUAAUUGUUGCGAACUUCUGCAGAAGCUGGACUUUUUAUUUAUUGCUUAUUAGUCAGCCAGCAUAUUUUGAGGAAGUCUUUGGAUUUGAAAUCAGCAAGGUUGGCAUGCUAUCUGCUGUGCCACACUUAGUAAUGACAAUUAUUGUGCCUAUUGGAGGGCAGAUUGCAGAUUUUCUAAGAAGCAAGCAAAUUCUUUCAACUACUACAGUAAGAAAGAUCAUGAAUUGUGGUGGUUUUGGCAUGGAAGCAACGCUGCUUCUGGUUGUUGGUUAUUCUCAUACUAGAGGGGUAGCGAUCUCAUUCUUGGUACUUGCAGUGGGAUUCAGUGGAUUUGCUAUCUCUGGUUUCAAUGUUAACCACUUGGAUAUUGCUCCAAGAUAUGCCAGUAUCUUAAUGGGCAUUUCAAAUGGUGUUGGCACAUUGUCAGGAAUGGUUUGCCCUAUUAUUGUUGGUGCAAUGACAAAGAAUAAGUCACGUGAAGAGUGGCAGUAUGUCUUCCUGAUCGCUGCCCUAGUCCACUAUGGUGGAGUUAUAUUUUAUGCAAUAUUCGCCUCAGGAGAGAAGCAACCCUGGGCAGACCCUGAGGAAACAAGUGAAGAAAAAUGUGGAUUUAUCCACGAAGAUGAGCUCGAUGAAGAAACAGGGGACAUUACUCAAAAUUAUAUAAAUUAUGGUACCACAAAGUCUUACGGUGCCACAACACAAGCCAAUGGAGGUUGGCCUAAUGGUUGGGAAAAGAAAGAGGAAUUUGUACAAGAAGACGUACAAGACUCACACACUUCUAAGGACCGAGGUGAUUAUUCAUAA